UCAAAAAGCUCCAAAAACUCCAAUGGCGUGAACGUGUGGCUCCUCCUCUUCCUCCUCCUUCCCUACUGCAAACUCCAUUAUCUCAACUCCGGAGACUCUUUCUCACUCUGCCUUCGUCAAAUGUUAGCUGCAAUUGUUUGAUUAGGCCGCUCGUUCUGGUUUCAUGAAUGUCAGUAUGCUUGAUGCCGUGGCUCAUGCCCACAAAUUCAAAGGCUCUGACAUCAGUUUCCAGACUAAUCCUAUUAGAUCAAUGGCCUCGGCUUCCCACCCGUACCAAUGUCAUCUUACUGUUACAUCCAGUUGUGGUCAGUUGGCGGGUUCCUUGUCCCUAUCCAUGAGUCGCAGAAUCAAUUGCCAUCUUGGGUACAAUGGUUUCAAAGGGAGACCAUUAUCAUCUUACUCAGUAACUGGUCGAGAAAAGUCCCACCUUCUCAGCCGUAGAAAUAUAAAAAAUUUCAGAUUUAGGAUACAUGCUUCACUUGAUGUUGCGACAGCUGUGGAUGUUAUCAACGACUUGGGGUUGGACACGCUGACAUUCUUAUGUGUAACAGUACUUGUGGUUCCUGUCUUCAAAAGGAUUAAAGCUAGUCCAAUUCUAGGUUUCUUCUCCGCAGGGGUUAUUCUCAACCAAUUUGGCUUGAUUAGAAAUCUCACAGAUGUUAAAGUUCUAUCUGAAUGGGGAAUUCUCUUCUUGCUGUUUGAGAUGGGUUUGGAGCUCUCGCUUGCCCGCUUGACUGCUCUUGCUAAAUUUGCAUUUGGCCUAGGGCUAACUCAGGUUAUACUAUCAACUCUUGCUUUCACAGCAUUUGAGCUGCCACCAAACGGUGCUAUUGGAACGAAAAUAUUGGAGUUUCUUUUCCACUCAAGACCUGACUUGGUCAACAUUCGAAGCAUUGAUGAGGCUGUGGUUAUUGGUGCUGCUCUUUCCUUAUCUUCUUCGGCAUUUGUUCUACAGCUUCUUGCAGAAAAGGGGGAGCUCCCUACCAGAUUCGGGUCAGCAACUCUAGGGAUACUUCUAUUGCAGGACAUUGCAGUUGUCCCACUUCUUGUGAUACUGCCGGUGCUGGAGAGCCAGAAUUUGGUUGAAGAAAGUCUUUGGCCAACACUUCUUAAAGAAAGUCUAAAAGCUUUACUUGGAUUAGGUCUGCUGUCUCUUGGUGGAAAGUAUCUUCUGAGGCGGGUUUUUGAGGUUGUUGCAGAAGCAAGGAGUUCAGAAGCUUUUGUCGCUCUUUGCUUGCUUACUGUUGCAGGAACUUCACUAAUUACCCAAAAGUUGGGCUUCAGUGACACGCUAGGGGCAUUUUUAGCUGGGGCUCUUUUAGCGGAAACUAACUACCGCACACAGAUUGAAGCCGACAUACGGCCUUUCAGAGGCUUACUUCUUGGGUUGUUUUUUGUGACAACUGGUACUUCGAUUGACACGCAGCUGCUUUUGCGAGAGUGGCCAAACGUGAUCUCACUCUUGGCAGGUUUGAUAGUUAUCAAGACAUUGAUAAUAACGGCAUUAGGUCCCCGAGUUGGACUGACUCUCCAAGAGAGCAUAAGGAUAGGCUUGCUUCUUUCUCAAGGUGGUGAAUUUGCAUUUGUAGUAUUUUCAUUGGCAAACAGGCUUGGGGUGCUACCUCUUGAACUGAACAAGCUUCUCAUUAUUGUUGUUGUGCUGUCAAUGUCUCUCACACCCUUUCUGAAUGACGUGGGAAGAAAGUUGGCUGAUUAUGUUGGUGAGAAAUUUGAGGAUGAGAAUAAAGCUGAUGACUCUGUAAACUUUGAUGCCGCUGAACCUGUUGUGAUAGUUGGAUUUGGUAAAAAGGCACAGGUCCUUGCCAAUUUCUUAGCAACUCCAUUAGCUUCUGGGAUCGAUGGUGAUGCUGGGUGGCCGUAUGUCGCUUUUGAUCUGGAUCCUUCUGUUGUGAAGACAUCUAGGAAACUUGGUUUCCCUGUUCUCUAUGGCGAUGGUUCCCGCCCAGCUGUAUUGCAGUCUGCUGGCAUCAAUUCCCCCAAAGCUAUUUUGAUUAUGUAUACUGGGAAGAAGAAGACACUUGAGGCUGUUGAGCGCAUUCGUCUAGUCUUUCCUGCGGUUCCUAUAUAUGUCCGUGCACAGGACAUGAUGCAUUUGCUAGAACUGAAGAAAGCGGGUGCAACUGAUGCCAUUCUUGAAAAUGCAGAGACAAGUUUGCAGCUCGGGUCAAAGCUUUUAACAGGAUUUGGUGUUAUGUCUGAUGAUGUAAACUUCCUAAGGCAGCUUGUAAGAGAAUCGAUGGAAGUACAAGCUCAAGAAGCUGUAGCAAGAAGUGAUGAUCAAGAGAUGACUGUUAUGAAGCCAUUGCAGCUGAGGGCUGCAGACUUAGUAGGGGCAUAUCAACCUUCUAGAAGUGCAAGGUAUGAAUCUCGGGCGAGUGAAAGCGGGGCCAUGGAGGCAGACGAUGAAGAUGACGAGGUAGUUUUAGAGGAGGAUGAAGCUAAAGGAGUGUUGUACUGCGAUAUAGGUACAGAAAGCAGCGUUGCAGCGGAAGGUGAUGUGAAGAAUCGAGUAGGUGUUGGUAAUGACGGGCGUUAGACAUGAUUCAACUUCCUGAAUUUGUAUAUCCCUGUUUCAUGCCUUUGAAAGCUCAAUUUUUGUAUACUAUAUUUGAUCUUUAGUAUUAACCACAAUGUGUACAUAUUGUUCAAGAGUCUCAGUAAUGAUUUGUAUCUGUGGCUUAUAGUUCA